AUGUGUGCUUUGCGACCUGGGAGAGCGAAAGCGCUCCUACUCGCGAUGCUCACUGUGAUUCUAGUGUGUACCAUCUACGUCUACCGGUCCCCGACCGCCGCAUCCUCUACCGUCCCUUUAGUCCCAAACACAGCAUUCGAGGUUCCCCUCACGGAACGCCAGAAAGACUUCUGGAAAGUCCUCCGACCCAUAAUUGAACGCCACAAACCAAGUUGCCCUUCUCCAGAAAAGCGCGGCGAUGCCGCAGCUCAACACUUUGACCCCACCAAAGAAGUACCGCGACCCGACCUGACGGGCCUGAGUGAGGAAAAUGUACGCAGAAUGGAAGAAGCUCAUGCGGCCUUCAUCGAGGAUGUCAAGAAGUCGGACAAAGAAUUGAAACCGGUUCAUACCCCAGGCAAGCGAGGACUGGUAUCGACAGCUGGUUCCACGUACCUCCCCGUUUUUGUCUCGUCGCUGCGCAUGCUGCGCCGCGCGGGAUCAACGUUGCCGGUUGAACUCUUCAUGAAGGAUGCCACCGAACACGAGAAACAUGUUUGCAACGAGAUACUCCCCAAACUCGACGCGCGGUGCUUGGUGCUAGCGGAGGUGGUCGGGAAAAAUGUCAUUGAACAUUAUCAACUCAAGAUCUUCGCAGUUCUUUUCUCGUCCUUUGAAGAGAUUGUCUGGAUGGAUGCCGACUGCUUCCCUCUUGGCAAGCCUGAGGAACUGCUCGACUCGGAGCCAUUCAAAACCAAUGGUCUUGUCACAUGGCCCGACUUCUGGGCUUCCUCCGCAUCUCCGUUGUACUAUAGAAUUUCACGCCAACGGACGCCAUCUAUGAACGCCCGCCAGUCGUCAGAGACCGGGGUAUUCUUAGUCUCUAAGAAAACCCACUUACUAGCUCUCUUGCUGGCGGCAUACUAUAACUUUUACGGCCCCUCGCAUUAUUUCCGCCUGCUAAGUCAAGGAGGACCUGGCGAGGGAGACAAGGAAACCUUUAUCCAAGCUGCCUCUGCUGUAGGUGCGCCUUUUUACACCGUCAGUGAAAGGGUGCAAGCCAUCGGACACGCAAAUGCGGAUGGACUGUCUGGAUCCGCCAUGGCACAGUCAGAUCCGCGCGAAGACUUUGCCUUGAUCCAGCAGGACAAAUGGCGCGUAAAAGACGAGUCCGUUGCCCCUGCACCACACGUCUUCUUCAUCCAUGCAAACUACCCCAAGUUCAACCCCGGCGACCGGAUCUUCGGCAUGGGCUGGGAAACAACACCUACGUUGAAGGAGGACGGCUCAGAUGGACGCGCCUGGACGGCACCCCCAGCGACCAUUAAGCGAUUUGGAUACGAUGUCGAAAGGGCUUACUGGGAGGAGAUUAAAUGGGUGAGCUGCACGCUCGAAACGGCCUUCAAGACGUGGGAGAACAAAGUGGGCCUUUGCAAGAGAGUCGAGGAAUAUUGGGGUCACGUCUUUGCUGAGCCGCAUGAUGACGAUCCCAAGUUUACCUUGGAUGGUUGA